UAUUAAAAUUCAUGAAGCAAGUAAUUUUCAAGAAGUUAGCGCUGUAAUGUCGGUAGAGAGGGAAAUAUCUAUUGAAAACAUUGCUUGGACAGAUGAUGGACAACUUUUGACUGCAGCUGGUGCCUCAGGCUCAGUGUAUGUUUUCUUGUCAAGACUUCCUCAAUUGGCUGGUGUCAGCUCUGAAUUCAUCGCUACUCUUUCCAGUCUAAAAUCGAUUUCUCUAUAUCUUUGCAAAUAUGAGAACAUGAAGGUGAAAACUAUCAAGAAAGCAUCAUUUAACAUCGAAAUCGAACCAAACUUCGUAACGUGUAGUAACUCACACAUUGUUUUAGGCAUGAAUAAUAGGUGUUGGAUUUAUGAAGUAGGUAAAUUAAAUGAUUAUGAAGAAAACAUGAAGCCUGUCUUGAAAAGGCAUAAAGAGUACCUAGGAUCUAUUCAUAGUAUUUCAGUAAGCAAUCAUUAUAUCUCUGUUCUGUUUGAGGGGAAACUUCAUAUUCAUAAAAUUGAGGAAUCUCCCCAUGGAAGUGAAAUGAAAAUCUUACCAGAAAUCGACCAGGAACUCGUUAUAGUUCAUCAUGAAAUUAUCGGUGAUUUUCUAUAUUAUUCAUCAGAUAUUGGACAUAUCAGGUGUUUUAAUCUUGAGGAUUGGAAAAAUGUCAGUAAUUAUCAACAUCCAGUUGCUAUCAAGACUCUAAUGCCUAAUAUCAACGGAAACAGGAUUGCCUUCAUUGAUGACAAGGGUAAUGGCUUCAUUUUAAAUGCGAUGACUGACACCGUCCUUGCAAUUCCAUCUGUUUCAUCAGGCAGCACCAAAAUUUUGUGGGAUAACUUUAGGCAAGAAGUCGGAGAAAUUUUCAUCAUUGGUGAUUCCAACUCGAUAUCCACUUAUGUUUAUGUUAAGGACACCAUAAAUGGUGCAGAAAUAAGUAAAAUCAGUUCAACCAAGUUAUCUCAAAAUUUUCUACCUUUGAUUUUGCACAACGGAGGUUUGACACUUCUCUCUGGAGGUGGAAAGCUGACAAACUUGAUUUUAAACUCCCAUCUAUUCUCUCAUACUGUAUUGAAGCAAAAUCGCACUGAUGGUCUCGAGAGUGUGCUUGCUAGAUAUUUAGCUUUGUACAGAUGCUGUGAUGCUCUCAAUGUCUGUCACCUCAUCAAUAAAAAAGAAUGUUGGGCACAGUUGGCUGCAACGGCAUUGAGAUGUCUGGACAUUAACACAGCCAUCAAAGUGUACAUGCAUCUCGGAGAUGAUGGAAUGGUUCUGUCUCUGCAAGCCAUCAAUGCACACGAAAAUAAGAAGUUUUUCGCCGGUCAAAUUGCAAUGUUUUUGCAGGAUUUUGAUAAAGCUGAAGAGUAUUUUUUAAAUUCAGAUGAACCUACAGCUGCACUUGACAUGCGCAUAGAUAUUUUACAUUGGGAUUCAGCUUUACAACUUGCCAACACUCUAGCACCAGAAAUGUUGCCAUUCAUUUCGAAAGAGUAUGCUUUUCAACUAGAAUUUUCUGGGCAAUAUGUGCAGGCGUUGUCAUAUUAUGAGAAAGCACUAUCCGAUUUCAAUUGUGAUUUUGACUUGAAGAAGUACGGCAGUUUCUCCAAAUCCUUUGAUCACACGGAAAAAUGCAAUGAAGGUAUAGCUAGAACAGCGAUUAGAGUUGGAAACUUUGAACUCGGUUUUCGCAUUGCAAUGAGCUCAAUGUCAAACAGAUCUCUUAAGAUGGACUGUGCUGAAAUUUUAGAAGCUGCAAAGAAACACCAGUAUGCUGCAAUCUUGUAUGAAGCAGCUGACAACUUUGACAAGGCUGCCAUUUGUUUAGCAAAUUUAAAGCAAUGGGAUAAAAUCGAAGCAUUCCUAUCCCGAAUAUCAAGUGCCAAAAUUUACAUCAUGUAUGCAAAGGCCAAAGAGUCAGCUGGUGAGUAUGAAAAGGCAGUGCGUGCCUAUGAACUUGCUCAUGAUUACAACAAUGUCAUCAGGCUGGAUUUAGAGCACCUGAAUGAUCCGGAAAAUGCGGUAAAACUGGUGCAAGAGACGCAUAGCCUCGAAGGUGCAAAACUGGUUGCAAAGCAUUUAAGUUGCUCAUUCAAGCUGCAAAAAAUGAUUCAAAAAAUCCUGAAUCAUUAUCCUAUGCAAUUGAGGUAGUGAGCAGAACUGACAGUAAUGCUAUGUCCAAUCAGUUAAUUAACUUACUCCUCGGACAUCUUGAUGGGAUUCCAAGGGACCCAAGGAAUAUAUACCGACUUUAUCUUGCAAGAUCUCAGUUUAAGGAAGCCACCGAAACAGCUAUCAUCAUUGCUGAUAAUGAGCGUGUAAAUGGCAAUUAUCGGAGCGCUCGUGAUGUUCUAUUUUCAAUUUGUCAAGAGUUACGCUUGAAUGGCCUGAAAAUUAGUUUUGAACUUCUCAAAUGUUUACAUUUACUUCACUCUUACGCUUUAAUUAAAAUUCAUGUCCGAAGGAAUGAUCACCAUAAUGCAGCCCUACUUUUGAUGAAAGUUGCUGACAAUAUCUCUAAGUUUCCAUCUCAUUGAUCCCAAGUACCGUUCAAAAAUUGAAGGUAUUGUUAGAAAAGCAAAUAGAAGUACACCCAAGAAAGCUGAAAAUAUCUCAACACCUUGUCCGUAUUGUAAUUUUAAUGUGCCUCAAACCCAACUAGAAUGCCCACAAUGUUCUCGAAUCAUCCCGUUUUGCAUAGCAAGUGGAUACCACAUUGUCUUGGAUGAACUCACUGCUUGCCCACUUUGUAAUUUUCCUGCUAAGCAUGUAACUUUUACAGAGGUCCUUGAAAGUUAUGGAAAGUGUCCUAUGUGUCAAGGAGCUGUGAACGCUUUGGAUCUAGUUUUAUCUAAUGAAUUAAGACAAUUUGCUUUUUUUAAAAAUACCACUUGAACAAAUUUUCAAGAAACUUCUCAUCAGUUA